GCGUUCGGUCACCAUGGUGGUGGUUUACAACAGCGAGCCCAGACGGCAGACCAUCCGUCGCGUUUAGACGCUAAAACACUAUUUAUUAAUGCUGCCGUUGACCCUCCGCUGCUUUGCAAAUGGCUUAAAAUGGACAAUCACCCAACGCAUGGAUUGCACAUGGAUUUGUUUUAAAAUGGAAAACUGAAGAAGAUGGAAUAGCGAACAGGGGACAAACGGAAUGCUAAAAAACAUGCACUCGUCCGCGUAAAACAUAAACGUACCGCUUGCCUGCAAAAACCUUUCAUUGACACAAAAUCGCCUGUCAAGUCACAACAGUUGAAGCUUCAGCGGCUGGAAUAGGAAAAGCAGACUCUGGUUUUGUAGGAUUGGGACGAGGGACAGUAAGAGAGCUCCUGGCUUAGGUUGUGGCCUGGGGACAGGCUCUCCUCUGCAGUUGCUGCGAUCUAAAAACGUGUUUGUACCACUAAAAAGCUACUUGUGAGACUCGCUUUGUAUUAUUUGACUUAACUGUUGUGCGCGACUGUUUUGAAAACCAUGGCGUCCUAUGUGGAUAACAGUUUUCGGCAGGCGGUGAUGGUGAAUCCUUCAGACAGGACGCAACAGGACCUGGAAAUUGUAUAUUCCUACAUGCAUGGAAUGGAGGCGCUGUCCAAUCUUCGGGAACACCAGCUGAGGAUAAUGUGUGAAACCGUCCGCUACGAAAGACAUGAAGCCAACGAAGUACUUUAUUAUCCGGAUGACAUUGGCACUUGUUGGUACAUUCUGCUUUCUGGAUCGGUCUUCAUCAAAGAGUCCAUGUUCCUGCCACGCUCCAGUUUUGGGAAGAGGUCUGCUGGGAGUUUACGUCGUGGAUGCGAGUGCAUCGUUCUGGAGCCAUCCGAGAUGAUUGUGUGGUUCCCACAGUUUGCUACGCUUUACUCCCAGGGGCUGAUAAUAACUCCCCUCUUCUCUGCUUCUCUCCUCAUUCUGGCUCCUCCACAGGAAUGCGUUAAGGCUCAGCUGCCGGCAGACUUCAGCAGAUUACACCUGGCAGACGGGAUUCACCCCCAGGUGACACACGUUUCCUCCAGCCACUCAGGAUGUAGCAUCACCAGUGAUUCUGGGAGCAGCAGCCUGUCGGACAUUUACCAGGCCACAGAGAGUGAGCCCGGCGACAUGGACCUCAGUGGCCUGCCUGAGACAGCCGUUGACUCCGAGGAGGAUGACGAUGAAGAAGACAUCGAACGUGCCUCUGAUCCACUCAUGAGUCGAGAUAUAGUCCGAGACUGCCUGGAGAAAGACCCCAUGGACCGAACGGAUGAUGACAUAGAGCAACUGUUGGAGUUCAUGCACCAGCUACCGGCCUUUGCCAACAUGACCAUGUCUGUCAGGAGGGAGCUUUGUGCUGUUAUGGUGUUCGCUGUGGUGGAACGGGCCGGCACAGUCGUCCUUAAUGAUGGCGAAGAGCUGGACUCAUGGUCUGUGAUUCUGAACGGCUCAGUGGAGGUGACACACCCAGAUGGCCGGACGGAAAUCCUGUGCAUGGGCAACAGCUUCGGUGUGUCCCCCACCAUGGAGAAAGAGUACAUGAAAGGGGUGAUGAAGACCAAGGUGGAUGACUGCCAGUUUGUUUGCAUAGCACAGCAAGAUUACUGCUGUAUCCUUAAUCAAGUGGAGAAAAACAUGCAGAAGGUGGAAGAGGAGGGUGAGAUUGUGAUGGUUAAGGAACACCGAGAGCUUGACCGCACAGGCACCAGAAAAGGACACAUUGUCAUCAAGGGCACACCGGAGCGUCUUACCAUGCACCUUGUAGAAGAGCACUCGGUGGUGGACCCCACCUACAUCGAGGACUUCCUGCUUACCUACCGCACCUUCCUGCCAAGCCCCAUGGUGGUAGGCAAGAAACUGUUGGAGUGGUUCCAUGACCCCAGCCUCAGGGACAAGGUUACACGGGUAGUCUUGCUGUGGGUAAACAAUCAUUUCAACGACUUUGAGGGUGACUCCGCAAUGACGCAUUUUCUUGAGGAGUUCGAGUACAAUCUGGAGAGAGAGAAAAUGUGUGGGCACCUAAGACUGUUAAACAUAGCAUGUGCUGCCAAAGCUAAGCUGCGGGUGGUGACCCUGACCAAACCCUCGAGGGAAGCACCCUUGUCUUUCACCCUGCUGGGGGGUUCAGAGAAGGGCUUUCGCAUUUUCAUUGACAGCGUGGAGCCAGGCAGCAAAGCUGCAGAGGCCGGCCUUAAACGAGGAGAUCAGAUACUAGAGGUCAAUGGGCAAAACUUUGAAAAUGUGCCGUUAUCCAAAGCUAACGAGAUUCUCAAAAACAACACGCACCUGUCCAUUACUGUGAAAACCAAUCUCUUAGUGUUUAAGGAGCUACUGGCCAGGCCUGACCAGAACCAGGAGCAAGAACAGGAGGAGGAGCCAGACAGGAAGAACGGGGCACCUCACAUCCCCAAAAUCGGGGACAUUAAGAAAGCCAGCCGCUACUCCAUCCCUGACCUGGCUGUGGAUGUGGAGCAGGUCAUGGGUCUUGAGAAAGCUAGUAAGAAAGCCAAGGCCAACACCGUGGGUGGCAGAAACAAGCUGAAGAAGAUCUUCGACAAGACACUGACCAGUAUUCUUCCACCCAAACCUUACAAUGAUGUUGGCGUGGGACAAUCCCAGGAUGACAGUAUUGUCGGGCUAAAGCAGUCAAAGCAGAUCCCUCCUGCUCUUCCUGUCAGUGGAAACCUUUCAUCAAGCAACCCUGACCUAUUGCAGUCACACCAUCGCAUACUUGACUUCAACAACCAGCCUGAAGCAGUCCCUAUAAACAUGUCAGACCAGGUAUUGAGAGUGUUCAAGGCAGACCAGCAAAGUCGGUACAUCAUGAUUGGGAAGGACACCACAGCAAAAGAAGUCGUAGCUCAGGCCAUCCGAGAGUUUGCCUUGACCGCUGCCCCUGAAGCAUAUUCGUUGUGUGAGGUGUCAGUCACUCCUGAGGGUGUCAUCAAGCAGCGGCGACUCCCUGAACAACUCUCCAAACUGGCCGACAGGAUCCAGCUGAGUGGAAGGUACUACCUGAAAAGCAACAUGGAGACAGAGACACUGUGCUCGGAUGAAGAUGCCCAGGAACUACUACGGGAGAGCCAGAUCAGCCUGCUGCAGCUUAGUACAGUGGAAGUGGCGACCCAGCUGUCCAUGCGUGCCUUUGAGCUGUUCUGUGCCAUCGAGCCCACCGAAUACAUUGAUGACCUCUUUAAGCUCAAAACCCGUCUUACCAGGCCCCCCAGCCUCAAGCUCUUUGAGGAGGCCAUCAAUCGGGAGACCUUCUGGGUGGCCACAGAGGUGGUACGUGAGACCUACCAGCUCAAACGGAUGAAGAUCAUCAAGCACUUCAUUAAGAUCGCACUGCAUUGCCGCGAGUGCAAGAACUUCAACUCCAUGUUUGCCAUCAUCAGUGGUCUGAACUUGGCACCAGUGUCCAGACUGAGAGGCACAUGGGAGAAGUUGCCCAGUAAAUAUGAGAAGCUGUUUAGUGAUCUUCAAGAUCUAUUUGAUCCCUCCAGGAAUAUGGCGAAGUACCGGAAUCUUCUAAACAGCCAGAACCUGCAGCCACCCAUCAUCCCACUUUUCCCUGUAAUCAAGAAGGAUCUCACCUUCCUGCAUGAAGGAAAUGACUCAAAGGUAGAUGGUUUGGUGAACUUUGAGAAACUGCGGAUGAUUGCUAAAGAGAUCAGACACGUAGGCCGAAUGGCAGCUGUAAACAUGGACCCUGCUCUGAUGUUCAGAACCAGGAAGAAGAAAUGGAGAAGUUUAGGGUCACUCAGUCAGGGCAGUGCCAAUGCGGCCGUCCUGGAUGUAACCCAGACGGGCGGGCACAAGAAGCGGGUCAGACGGAGUUCCUUCCUCAAUGCCAAGAAGCUGUACGAGGACGCACAGAUGGCACGCAAGGUCAAACAAUACCUGUCCAACCUCACCCUGGAGACGAAUGAAGAGAGCCUGCAGACACUCUCAAUUCAGUGUGAGCCUUCAGUCAACACAUUGCCGAAGAGUUCCGGGGACAGGAAGAGACCCGACACAUCGCCCGUAGUUGCACGGGCCGCCAAUCACCAGCGCCAGCAGCUUCAGAAAGCCAACCAGGCGCUUCAAGUGCCUGCCGUAGCCCUCUACCCAUCACGCAAGAAAGUGCCAGUCAAAGACUUGCCGCCAUUUGGCACAAGCUCACCACAGUCUCUGAAAAAGAUACUGUCCCUUUCAGAGGAGGCAGGAGAGAGACACAGGAAACCGACAGAGGACAGUGUGUCCAACAACUCCUCACAGCUGUCAUCUCCUCCCACAUCCCCUCACAGCUCACCUAAGAAAGCCAUUGCAUCUAUAAGAAGCCACAGUAUGAAGGGUUUUUCCUCCUUCUGUAGAAAAUCACCUAAAGGGUAUGGAAGAGCAGGUGACUACCUGUCAGACUCUGGCCACAGUGAGAUCUCCUCACGCUCCAGUCUGGUGAGCACCUCCUCCCUGGACAUGGGGCAAGAUGAACGCAGACAUCGAUAUGGAGGAAUGGCUGGGGAAAGCCAGGGCAGUGGCCACCGUCUAGAACGCAGGGCUACUGCUGAUCCUGACCAGUACAGCUUGGGGUCUUACUCAUCAAUGCAGGACUGCCGGGGUCUGUAUGCGGGUGCCACUGUGCUGUCUUCCCCCAGCUCAGAGGAGCUUACCCAGGACCAGGGCGACCGGGUGUCUCUCGAUGCUGCUGAUUCUGGUCGUGGCAGCUGGACUUCAUGUUCCAGCGGCUCCCAUGACAACAUUCAGACCAUGCAGCAGGGUCGUAGCUGGGAAGCACUUGCAGAGGGUGCGGGGCUUUGGGGAAGCAGAGGAAGCUGGGCAUCUGCCUGCUCCUCUUCAUCCUCUGCAGCAUGUUGGGGCGAGGACUCUGAGGGUGACACGGGCACCAUCAAGCGAAGAGGAGGGAGGGAUGUGACCACAGACCCAGAGACCAGCAGCAUCACCUCCACUGGUUCAGAAGAGUCCAGACAGCACAGUCGACGCCCCUCACCCAUCACUGCAGGCAACACCAAAGCUGUGAUCACACGGAAGGACGGCCGUUACCGGGACCCUCCACCAACUCCGCCGGGCUACACCGCACUGACCAUCAUCGACGUAACCGAGGGCACAGCUUACUCAGGCAGGAGACCCCCGGACUACACCACCGCCUUGCAGCGCUCCCGUCUUGUCACACAUUCCCCUGACUCCCAGCAGCCCCCAGCUGCAGGAAAACCCACCCAAUCGCCGGACCCCCGGGGCCGAGAAGAGGAGGAGGCAGAGGAGGUGGAAGAGGAGGAGGGUGAACAGGUGUCCGCUGUUUGAAAGGGGGCGACACUGGCUGCACUGCUGCAUUGACUGAUGGCCCAUAUCGGGCAUUCACAGGUCAGACAGACAGACAGACAGACCAUCCAAUCUACAUCUUGCCGGCACUGCCUCUCUCCCUCCUCGAUGGAUUCAUCUCCCUGCCCUGCCUUAAUGCAUCAUGGGGGGUUUAAUGCCCUGCAUGCUUAAAAAAUACUGUGAAGAAAGUAAUUUAAAAAAAUCAUUUAUUUGGCACUUUGGAGAAUGGAAAAAUAAACUGAACUGAAACUCAGACAUGGCGCUUUGACAUUCACACACAAAAAACAAACUACUGUUAACGGUUAUCUUGAGACAAUUCCCUCUUUCCUUCUGCUUAAAGGUCACAUGAACGUGUUUAGUAGUUCCCCUCAGCACUUUUUAACUGUUUUUAAGGUGUAAACUGAUGCACACAAUCAACAUUUCAGUCACUCGAUUCUGGACAUGCAGUUUGGAUGGCGAAGAAGGCUUGAGUACAAUUAACCACCCUUCUUUUUCACAUCAUUCCUGACGACAACACUCAUAUCUGUGUGGUUCAAUAUAACAGUAUUAUAUUUGCAGAAGCACGACCUGAAGGACAUCUCUUCUACUGGAUGACUAUGAAUGGAGUUCACAUUGAUUCCUGACUUACGUAGCACACCAAUUUAAUAUGGAAGGUGUUUUGUGAGAGGAAACAAUGCUAAGUGAAGCCUUAGUGAGUGAUUUUAUUGGUUUUGGGCUUUUUAGUGGGUUUGAGAGCUAUAAGAAAGUAUGACUGAAACAUCAGGUUUGGUCAAAGGCCUAUAACAAACAUAAUUCAAAAACAAAAGCCUGAAUAAAUAUGCAUCUGUUGGUAAUCGAGGAGCCAAAGUGAUUAUAUUUGUGAAUCAGUUCAGCUACAAGAAGCUGAACUCACUAAUCUUCUAUGUGAGCAGGCGGGUUUUAUCAGUUCAGCGCCACUCCAGCUUCAAAAGCUAAUUGAAGCGUUUGCUAAUCGCUGUGGUACAACAUCAAUCGCCCCUGUUGGUUAAGGUGAGAACUGCAGGCUACUCAGGCAAAUGAGGCCGUCUUAUUCGGGUGCUACUUCCUUCCUCUCAUUAAGUGAAAUCAUUAAGAAGUUGUGUGAAAAAUGGUGGCUUUUGUGUUAAGUUUUUCUUUACGAGGGCUCAAGUCAUGCAUAUUUCUCCUGGAGUGGGCCUUGAUCUAACUACCACUGCUGCACAACAGCUUCCACGAUCACUCACAGGAACUCAACUGAAACGUGCUUUUGAGACUCCAGUGGGCCGGGAACACGCAAACCCACCCAAAGUCCGGCAGUCAGAGCAGAACUGAACCGGUGGGAGCAUGUCACUUUUAUUCUUUCAUUUUAAUCACUGAGUUAAGCUGAUCACAUUGAUCAGUAGUUAGAAACAAUAGACUAAAGAAGAAAAAAGAAGUUUGCAGUGUUUUCCAUUGUACUCUGUAAUAUCACUACUUCAAUGUUGUUGUUUUUUUCUCUAGUUGCUUGUAUGUUUGUUUGUUUGUAGGUUUUUGUUUGUUUUUGGCUCCCACACGUUUUGUAAUGGUUGCGGAUACAGUUGUUAAUAACAACACAUUUGUAACAGUAACUAUAUCGACCAUCUGCUUCCACCCAUUUUUUAUUUUUUAGUCAAUAUUCACGUUUUGGCAAGCCAAGAUGAGUCGCUUGUUGUGCAAAAUAAGUUGCACAAAUUGUACAAGCAUAAAUACAACAAGGUAAAUAGUAGUAGGUAGCUGUUCUGCUACUCUGUUCGAUAUGUGAUGUCAAGUGAGACGUGUACAUUUAGCUGGUGAAGAUUCUCUCUUUUUUGACUACUUUUACCUGUACGUCUUUUACAAAGACAAUUGGUGGAGUAUGUAUUUGUUCUUAUUUUUUGUCUUUCUUUUUGUUUUGUAUUUUUAUUACAAUA